GAACUAAGCCACAUGGGUAUUUUCCGCCAAUGAAUGCAAUGACAUUUCACAACUGCGCAGCAAUGAUGCGCGUUAUGAAAAUAUUGACAACAAAAAUGCCGUCGGAAAGCCCAGCGGUUCAAGCACAAACAGAAAAACCGCAACAUUACUUAUAUUUAAAAGAGUUUAGAACACAACAAUGCCCGUUAUUUCUUCAACACAAAUGCACACAGCAUAGACCGUUCACUUGCUUUCACUGGCAUUUUAUGAAUCAAAGACGACGAAGACCUAUUCGGAAACGAGAUGGAACCUUUAAUUACAGUCCAGACGUGUACUGUACCAAAUAUGACGAUACGAAUGGGCUUUGUCCUGAUGGGGAUGAGUGCCCCUUUCUACACAGAACAGCUGGAGACACAGAGCGAAGGUACCACUUGAGGUAUUAUAAAACAGGAACUUGUGUCUAUGAAACAGAUUCCAAGGGAAACUGUGUCAAAAAUGGGCCACAUUGUGCAUUUGCACAUGGAGCCCAUGACCUACGACCCCCAAUUUAUGACAUCAGAGAGUUGCAGGCAAUUGAGACCCCAGAUCUGAAGGCUUCACUCAGUUCUUCCUCUGGAACCCCUAGUAGUUUAGAAAAGGACAAAAUUCUGGCAGAGGACCCAAAGUGGAAUGAUACAAAUUAUGUACUGGCAAACUAUAAAACAGAACCGUGCAAGAGGCCUCCUCGGUUAUGUAGGCAGGGGUAUGCCUGUCCGUCAUAUCACAACACGAGAGACAGGCGAAGAAGUCCAAAGAAAUGCAAGUACAGGUCGACCCCGUGUCCUAAUGUAAAACAUGGUGAUGACUGGGGCGAUCCGACACAGUGUGAGAAUGGUGACAAUUGUGCUUACUGUCACACGAGAACAGAACAACAGUUCCACCCCGAGAUUUACAAGUCUACUAAGUGUAAUGAUAUGGUACAGACAGGAUAUUGUCCAAGGGGGCCAUUUUGUGCCUUUGCUCACGUGGAACAGGAAAUAACUACCCAGAGAGAUGUUUUGUCAACAAGUGAGAAUUCUCUGGCGGCAUUUAUGAGCACAGUUUUACCAAUAGCUGAGAACCCUCAAACGAUAUACGCACUCAACACGGGUGAUCCCCAUUCUAAAUCAAAUCAGAAUGGUUCUAGUAGUUUACCUAAAUUACCGGUUCCCAUAGGAAAAGAACGAGCCAACAGUAUUCCUUAUGCUACUAUCACUAGUAACAAUAUAGCAACAAAUCAACACCUACAGACCAGUAGUCCACUCCCAGAGCCAAUAGGAAAAGGUCGAUCUAGCAGCACCUCUAGUAGUAUUACGUCAGACUCAGGAUUCUAUCAGCGAGCCCCGGGGUCAGAGAGAGAAGACUCGCAAAUGGUCAGUAUGAAAUUACGUCAACAGUUACAGUCUAUAGAUUCUGACCAAACAAUUGAUCUGGUGGAGAAAGCUAAGCGUAAACAGAAUCUGCUGAUGCUGCACAGUUUGACCUUCUCCACUAGUACGACCCCCAGCCCUGUAGCAAAUCAACAGCCCAAUGUGUCCACUAUGUCCCCUCUCGCCCCGGCCUUCUACCCCCCAGGGGAUACCGUAGGAUCUGUAAUAGGUCAUGCUUUGGAUGACCUAUGUUUAGAUGAUAUUGAUAUCAACAGUAUAGACCGAGAACUAGAUAAAGAUGAAAUUAACUCCCUUAGUAGCUCUUUAAGUGCAGGAAUACCAACUUCAGGUUUUGGUGCACAGUCCAUACCCAUAGGUAUCCCAGGAGGCCUUCAGAGGGGAAGUAUUGGGAGUCUUUCUCAAUCCCCUCCCUCCCCCUUUGGUAGCUUUUCUCAUGGUCUGUUGACAGGAAAUCAAAAACAGGAUUCUGGUGAACCAAAUAUUUCCUUAUUGGGUUACCACAAUCACAACAAAUUUAGCGACGUAAAUUCGAUGUCUCCUAGAAGUGGCCCCGGGGGCCCGCACUCUCCACUGUAUUCCUCAUCCAAUCUAUCCAAUAGUUCUCAAGGAGCAGAUAUGCAAAAGUUACGUGAGGAAUUCCAGCAUUACAAGACAAGACAAGAACACUGGGAGCAGGCUUAUUCUCAGGCGAAAAGCGCUUGUGAAGCAUGGAAGAGAGAGGCUGAGGAAUCCCUCAGAAAAGCCAAAUCAGCCGAGGAAGAAAAGGCUCAGGCGGUCAAACAAAGAGAUGAGGCUCUUGGAAGAAUAUCAAAGAUACAACUAGAUCUGGAUAAAAUGGGUGGUGGAUCCAAUAGUGUAAGAUUACUUCAUCAGGUGAACGAGAUAGAAAAAUUACCUAUUCCUCAGCUCAGACAGAUACAGCAACAACUUAGAAUGGAUAUGGACAAAUUAGACAAGGUGAUCAUGUACCAGCAGACCCUGAAAUGUAUUAUGUGUCAGGAUAGGAGUCGUAGUAUUACAUGUGUGCCGUGUAACCACAGGGUCAUGUGUGAAGCGUGCGCUGGAAAAUCCACCGAAUGCCCCUUGUGUCAUGUCCAACGGACCAAUUACCGCUUGUAAUGGCGGGAAUAACUAGGAUCUUCAAAUUGUUUUAGUGACUCAAGUGCUAAUAUUGACGCUUUGUUAAGCAGGUUUUCAUAUUAUUAAGAUGCAAACUUAUAUUUAAAGAAUUUAAAGUCUGGACAUUUCUCCCCUAAACUGUAAAUUUGGUCUGCUUUGUACUGAUAGUAUUUUAUUUUUCUUUUGUAAGGUUGUUUCAGAAUAAUCGGUGCGUACCUUAUUUAUACUUUGUACAGAUUGCUAGAAUUUUCAUGUUUUUGUGUAUUUUGACACAUGGAAUUUCAACAUUUACAAUGAUAUAGAACUCAAACUCACAUACAAGCAAAAAAUUAGUACCUAUUACAUGAGUUGAAAUGAAUUUUGAUGAUAUGAAUAUCUGGUUAACAAUAUGCAAUAGAGAGGGAGAUUUUAGAGAAUGGGUGCAAGCUGUGAGCCUUAUAAAUACAUGUAAAUAUACUUACUAGGGAUUUGUUUUGUCAGUCUGUGAUUCAAUAAUGAUCAUUCAUUUACAUAUUUUAGAGUAUUUGUCUAUGUAAAUUAAUGUAUACUGUUCUUGAACUUUGUUUCUUUUAUUUUUUUUAGUUUAUGUUUGGUUUCCAAUUAUUUUGAGUUACUAGUGCUAUAUGACUUGAUACUAUAAUGAGGUUUUUAUUCAUUCCAAAAAAAUAAUCAGUCCAUCUUUGUAAAUUUUUUUUCAUUGGGAGUUGAAAAGUAGUGUAUUAUUAUGUAGGAAAUUUAUAACAUUACAUUAUCUUCAUUCUGAUUCCAUGGCAACAGAAUUUUGCCUUGAAGCAGUACAUUUCAUCACUGAGGUAAAACAUGAGGAGGGAAAAUUUUGUUCCAAAAGGAAGUUUGAACAAAGAGAGGAUCCAUAAAAAUGUUAAGAUAAUUUUUAAAAGAAAUAAAAAUGGAUAUAUGAAAUAAGUCUAUACUCUCCACUGGCAGAGCUGUCAAUUGAUUUCACCAUUACUAUACAUAGAUUUUUUCAUGUUACUUGAAAUUGUCUUCAUUUUCAUUUUUUUCCCCUGUUUAGAAAUUUGUUGUAUGGUUUGUUUUAAAACAAAAAAAGAUUUUGGUUAAGAAAACUUCAAGCUACUGGAUAGCUGAUAGGAUUUUAAAAGUGGUUGUGUUACUCAAUGUUGAUAAUAGAAUGAAAAGAAUUGAAUCCAGUCGUAAAAAAUAGACUGAGAGAUGUCUGAUGUCUUGGGGGUUGAUGUAAGUGCCAUCCUUGCCUGAAAGAAAUAGGAAGAAAAGCUAAUUAAGGAAUUUUUUUUGAAAUUGUAUGUCCUUGCUUCUUGAUCUUGUGCAUGCUGGCUCAUACACUUAGAAGAAGGAGUAAGGGCAUUGGGUGUACAUUUGAUAGUUUAUAAAACAUAGUUCUCAUUAGUCAUAUUUAAGAAUUUUGAACUGUAAGCCUUAUCACAGUUUUUCACUCACAAAUCAUCGACUAGCCUUCAAUGCUAUGCAAAAAAAAAAAAACAAGAUAAGGUAGUAUUUCAAUUAGGAAAAUAAAUUCACUUUAUGCUUGGAUCCACAUAUUCUUUUUUUCCAACAUAUUAUCAUUUUCAACUUUGAAAAUGUCAUCGACUGAAAUAAGAUGUUUUCUCGUGUUUAUAUAGAACAAAAUAUGGUUUGCACAAAAUAAUAUUUAAUAUGUUUAAACACCAGGUUUUGCAGGAGACUGGGGUAGGCUAUAUAUUUAUUGAGGAAAAGAGAAAAAGUGUAUCUUGUAUUAGAGAAUUGUGGGAUGGCUUUCCCACUUGACUAUUUUUGAGAUUGUCCCAGUAUUCUGUAAGUCUAUUGUGUAGCACUUUUGAUGGUUUGUACCAAUGUUUUGGAGAUUAACACAAAUUAAAAUUACAUUUAGUUUAUACAAGCUUGUAUAUUUAAAAUUUUCUCAGAGAAGAAUUAAUUCAUUUGUUAUGGUAUUACAUAAUGGUUUUUCUUCAUUCUGGAUGAUGUAUUUUUCUACUGCUUACUCUUUAUUAAAAAAAUGCAGAAUAGAUUGUUGAGGAAAUUUCCUCUUUUUCCCCAGAAGAAAAUGAAUUUUGUUUAACAAAUUGUAGAUUAAGUAAAAAUAAAAUUUUAUCAGAAUUGAAA